UCCAUUAGGUAAUAUUUGAUAUGCAAGGGAUAUUCUGUGUAGUUCAGAAAUGGGAAUAGCCAGAAAAUGUUCAUAUUGUGGUAAUUUAGGUCACAAUUCAAGAACUUGUAAAACUCCUCUCAGUCAUACAUACCUGAAGCUCUUUGGAGUGCAGGUUGAAAUUUCUUCUUCGUCUUCUUCUUCAUCUUCUUCUUCGUCUUCCUCUUCCUCUUCAUCUUCUACUAUUUCUUUUUCUUCACCUUCAUAUUCUGCCAUGAAACCGAGUUUCAGCACCAACUACUUCUUCUCUUCAUCUCCUUCCCUGCGUGACGGAAACCAAAAUUCAGAUGCUUACUUACUCACUGCCAAUACCCUCCUAUCGACAAUCCAAGACACAAAAAAAGGUGUAGCAUGGACAGAGGAAGAACACAGGGUGUUUCUGGUAGGGCUUCAGAAGCUGGGGAAGGGAAACUGGAGAGGAAUAUCGAAAAGUUUUGUGAAAACAAGAACACCUGUGCAAGUGGCAAGUCAUGCACAGAAGUAUUUUCUCCGACAAUCUCACAAUAUCCCUUCAUCUUCAUCUUCAUCUUCAUCUAAUUGCACUCUUCAGAUGCCACACCCAGAUUUAGAACUCAAACUCGCAACUCCCACGCAGAUGCAUAGUUUUUGAGUUUAUGUCUCAUAUUUAACUUCUCUAUAUAUGCAUUAUCUACUUUUUCUCACCUCAAAUUCACCAACGUCUGUACUAUUUAUCUAUGCCACUGAAGAGAGUUUUCUUUUAUGGGUCCAGUUAAGUUCUUUAUUCACCA